GGUAAUACAUCCAGGUUUGUUUCGCUUUUUCUCCUUUCUAGACAAACAUUGGAUUGCAGGAGAUAGGCUCAAUCGAUCAAUCAAUCAAUCAACUGAUCAAUCACCCAACCUAUCAAUCAAUCAAUCAACCAAUGAGCCAACCAAAUCAACCAACCAAUCAAUCAAUCAACCAAUCAACCAACCAAUCAACCAAUCAACCAACCAAUCAAUCAAUCGAUCAAUCGAUCGAACAAUCACAGUCGAUCAAUCCACACACACACACACACACACACACACACACAGAGAGAGAGAGAGAGAGAGAGAGAGAGAGAGAGAGAGAGAGAGAGAGAGAGAGAGAGAGAGAGAGAGAGAGAGAGAGAGGGGAUUGAUGUCAGUAUGAUUAUUCGAGGAUGAUGGAACCUUUGUCGCGGACGCCAGUGAUGGGUAUCGACCUGGGGACGUCGUAUUGCUCCGUGGCGGUAUUUCAAGAUGGGGGUAUUAUCAAAGUCGUCCCAGACGAAACGGGAUCUCGUCGCGUCUCGUCCUGCGUCGUGUUCAACGAUGACGAGUGUCUGGUUGGCAAUGGCGCGAAGAGAUUCGAGCGAGAUUUCCCUGAGCAUUUCAUCUACGGUGUCAAACGACUCAUUGGCCGAUCGUUCAGCGACGCAGGUGUGCAAGAAGAUCUGAAACGCUGGUCAUUCCGAGUGGUUUCUGGGCCAUCGGAUGAGGUCAUGAUCGAAGUGCCGGGCCCGGCCAGCGCGGAUUCAAUGCCUGGGACAUCUGACGCAGGAGGCGGCGAUGGGGAUGAUGAUGGUGAUGGCGAUGGCGUUGGAGAAUUAAGAAGGGAUGGGGGAAGAAGAGCAGGAGGAGGUGGGGCAAGGGCUGGGAGGCUCGAUGACGGAGGGGGCUAUGUCGGCGGCGAAAGAGAAGCAGGAGGCGAUGGACGAGGAAGAGGAGGAAGAGGAGGAGGAGGAGGAGGAGGAGGAGGUUGCGCUGGCCCGGCGCAGCGGCGCCGUUUUCGCCCAGAAGAAAUCUCUGCAUUGCUGCUUAUGAAGAUGAAGAAGAUGGCGGAAGAUUUCACCGGCUGUGCGGCCAUCCGCGAAGCCGUCAUCUCCGUUCCCGCCAAUUUCACCGACAGUCAGCGGGAAGCCACGUGGGAUGCGGCCGUUAAGGCGGGACUGAAGGUGCUGAGACUCAUCAGCGAGCCGGCUGCUGCGGUCUUGGCCUACGGUCAUCAGCGGCUAAUGAACGCAGCGUGUGAGCGAAGGACUGUGAUGGCCUUCGAUCUAGGCGCGGGGUCGUUCGACGUGUCCAUCGUCACCGUCAACGCGGGAAACGACAUCGCGUCGCGCUUCCUCGUCAAAGCAGUGGCUGGCGAUGGCGAUCUCGGCGGAACGGAUUUCGAUAACCGCCUGAUUACCCACGUGAUGGAGAGGAUAGCCACGCUGAGAAAACGACAACGCGGAGGAGGAGGAGGAGGAGGAGGGAGAAGGUGGUGGUGGUCCAGGCAGGACAACCGCUGGGACAGCAACAAGACUCCUCAGAACAACAGCUUCCUUUCCCCCCCUCGCCGCGGCCGCCACGGCCCGGAGGAGGGGCCUCUGAACCCGAGUCUUCCUCUGCUUCGAAACAAGGUCAUCGCCGCAAAACACGCCCUUUCGACGGCUAACUCGGUGAGCAUACACAUAGAACAACCGUCCUCCGGAGAGAUAGGUACAGAGAUCGAGGUCCGACUGGAUCGGUCGGACUUUGAGCAGAUGAAUCAGGAUCUAUUUGACAGGUGUAUGGUGUUGGUGGAGGAAGUUCUGCGCGACGCCGGGAUGGGAGCGGAGGACAUCUCCGACGUCAUACUCGUCGGAGGCUCCACUCGGAUCCCUCGAAUCCGGCAGAUGUUGGCCCAAUUCUUCGGCCGACCGACGAUCAUUGCUGAUCCCGUUGAUGCGGAUGAAUCUGUGGCCUACGGAGCUGCAGUUAUGGCGGGCAUGCUGACUUACAGCGAUGCCCACAGGUCGCAAUAUAGCCUGCCGGUAUCUGUACAAGAAGUUACGCCGCUUAGUAUAGGCGUUAGGUCUACCUUAGACCAGAUGAACGUGCUGAUUCCGAGGAAUAGUCCGCUUCCAGCCAGCGGAUCAAUGCUAUUCACUACCUCGACGGAUUUCCAGACUGGAAUGCUCUUUCGAAUCUACGAGGGGGAGCGGCCGUUGUGCAAACACAACCGUUUUCUUGGCUUGCUUCUGCUCAAGGGAUUGGCGUCGACGCCGGCCGUCGGUUCCCCGAUGGCUCGGUUGAUCCUGACCGUCGAUUCCGAUGGCAUCCUUCACGCGACGGCUGAGGGUGCAUGCAAUCAGUCGACGGGGGGGGCGGAGAAGAAGGUGGUCGUGACAUUCGACAGCAUCACGGUCAAGCUAGACAAGGAGAGAGCGUCUUCAGUUCUGCAAAAGGCACAGGCUUGUGCAGGCAGGGACGAGGCCGUUAGAUCGGCCUUUACGGCCCGGCGGAAGCUGCGCGAAUCCGCGCUGGAACUGCGCAAGGGAGCGCAGGGAUUGAGUCCGCGUAAGAAAGCAGCGAUGGAGAAGAAGGUCAAGGCGGUGCUGAAAUGGCUAAGUACUGAGAAGCACGUAGCUCCUAAGGAGGAGUACGACCGAAGAGCGAAUGCGCUCAAAUCAUGGACAGAUAGAAACACUCUGAGGCCGCAAAAUUGCUGCUUGGUUGCCGGCUCCUCGUGGCGGGGAAAUGAUCAGCACCCGGGUUGUCUGUGCAGCUAGCGCGCCCCUCCUCCUCCUCCUCCUCCUCCCUCCACCCCGUCCUACUGCUGCUGCUCGUCUC